AUGUAUUCGUCAAGCAGCGAUAGUGAAAGUACAGAAAAAGAUAAUGCUACAACCGAACUGCAGUUUAUAGCAAAUGAAAUUGCCAAUACCCCCGUAAUUUUGGAAAAAUCCCAAACACCAAAAAUAAAAGCUAGAAAGGAUGAGGCUAUUAGAAAUGUUACCAGGAAGUACGAGGUAACAUUUGGUAAAGCACUGGAUUCAAAAGGCUUUUUAAAGAAAAUAAACAAUAUGAAAGAAAGGUUAAAGAUAAAAACAGACUUGAAUAAAACUGGAAAUAAACCAAUCAAACUGUUGGAAUGGGAGAAAAAGUUAUUGAAGGCUAUGGAGGGCGACAGUAAUCCUACAAUUGGAAAAAUCGGAGGCGCACUGCAAGUUGGUAUUAAAGAUGGAUCUACUCAGCAUAGAGUAAGUGAAGCUUCUACUACGCGAAAAGAGACUGAAACAGCCAUCAAACCACAAUCUAGUAGUACCAAGACUGUCGAAUCUCCUCUGCCAACAAGAAAAAAAACACCAAUAGAAAAGUACGAAACCAAUGAAACGAAAGGACUCACAACCAAAGAGCUUCAACGGCUAGUUCUUUUAGAGCAGUAUCAAACAACUAAAAUUCAAAGAGAAUACUAUGAAAAAAAGUUGCAGAGGAUGACGCGUGAGGCACCAGAAACAAAUAUUGUUAACAAAGGGGAAGUUAUCAUACUACAAUAUGUAAACAAUUUACCAAAUUUUCCUGUACAGCUAACUUAUUAUUAUUAUUAUUAUUUUUGUAAGAUAUCUAGUUUCUUUAAAAAAUCCAGUAUACUUAGAUUAUAA